AUGGAAUGGGAGGCACUCCUUCGCUUUCCGUUUCAACCCCCCUCUGUUCUCGGAUGCUUCGCCUCAAUGACUUCUCCCGGUAACAUUAGGGGGUCGCUGCCCGUGAGUGAGCAGGCGGCACGGGAGCUUGAAGAACUGUUGGUGAGGGUAGUCGCUCAGGAGUCUCUGACGGCGGCCUCGGAAACCCCUAUGACUGAAAGACCGACAUUUGAGGAGGAGGAUCUCGAGAAAGCUCAGCUGGAACGUGCGAUAGAGGAGUCUCGCAUGGAGGCCAGUCGGGCCCAACUUCGUCACCAGGAUGAUGCCCAGCGUGAAGAGUUCGAAAUUCAACAAGCCAUCGCUGCUUCACUAAUGGAGGCAACCACCACACGGCACCGUCGACGGAAUCGUGGCUAUUAUGAUGAAGCAGCGAAAGUUCAACAAGCGAUUGAGGCAUCGUUAAGGGUUACAACCAAUAAACGACCUCCUCCCCGAGAGUUUGACCGCCACAAACGCGUCAAAACCGGAGAAGUCUUUGUGGAAUCAUAUACGGAGACAACCACCAUACCGCCUUACCGCGAUAUGUUAGUAAAGGAGGCAACCAACACUCGGCCUCAUCGCCGGGAGCGGGAUCGCCAGGACCGAACGCAACCCCAACAAGCAUCUGUGGCAUCCCUAAGGAAGACACCCACGCGGCCUCGCCGUGACAGAAAACGGGACCACACCAACAAACGGCCCCGUCGCACAAGGGAAACCUCGACCGCGGCCACCAACAGGCAGAUUCGACCGCGGCACAACGAAGGACGCAGCCCAAUCAUUCCCCGCCCUUCUAUUCAGACGACUGUAACUCGGAACUUGGUACUUCCCAUACGUCCUGCACACCCGAGACCGCGCCAGGAGACGCGCGUAGCUGGAGACAGACGCAACGCCACGCGUAGUCCCACGGACAAAAGUCAGGCCGUCGACCCUCGCGGGGAAAGAACUCGCGCUGCCAAUCCUCGUCCAGUUCAAACUCGUCCCGUGGACCCUCGCCCCGUGGACUCUCGCCCCGAUAGAACCCUCACCGCUGGUCGUCCCGCAGAAAGACCUCGCCCCGUCGACCUCCGCCCGGACAGGACCCCCGUCACCACUCAUCGCCCCGCAAACAGACCUCGCAACGCCGACUGCCCUCCGAACCAAACCGCAGGCAAGACUAUCAACCAUCCCUUGGGGGUCCCUCAGGCUGCGCCGAAUCCCGCCCCGGGGCCGAGACGGGAUUUGGAAGUUCAAGUACCCCCCACAGCGGCCCAAAUCUACCGCUGGCUCCGGACGCGGGAGGGGCCUAGGCCCGUUGCGAGAUGCUUUGGGGCUUGUCCACUUAAGUUGGUGUUUCGGGGUCUGCAGAGCGACAAUGGGAGGCGCGAGCCGUCUAUUAUUCUCGGGUGUGGGCACGUGGUGGGAGGGAAAUGUUUCAGCGACUUGAUCGCCUUAGCGAGGGUCGAGGGUGAAGAGGCUCCGUGUCCUCACUGUCUGAUAGUACCUACGACCGCGGCUGUGUAA